AAAUAAAAUAAGGUUAUAUGUCCAAGAACACAAAUUUUCGGGAUGGAGACUUUGGGACUGGACUGUUUGGUUCACUUAGAUAGUAUUAUGAUUUAUCAGAAAGUUGACUAUCUACAGGUUUUCUCAGGAUUUUGUAGUAACAGAAGGUAUGAAAUUAAGAGUACGCCGACGGACGAACCCCUUCUCUACGCCGUUCAGGACAACGGAUUUUGGUCACGAGCAUUUAAGCCGAAAUAUAAUAUGACAAUACGGGUAAUGAACGCCGCGAAGACUGAUCUCAUGAUCGUGUCCAGGGCCAAACAACACGAUUGUUGCGAGGGACCAAAACUGGACGUUUUCGUCCCGCCCGAAAACAAGAUUGCUUGGAUAAGGUACCACUACGGCUGUUGGCGGGAUCACAUGGAGAUCAACGAUCCCAAGGGCGCCCUAAUGUACAAGGUCGUACCUUCACGGAAAAACAACAAAUUCAAAGUUGAGGAUUCCAAUCAAAAAGUUGUAGGAAAAAUUCUAAAAAAAAAUGCUGGAUUCUUUCAAGAAAAGUUUACAGAAGCAGACAAUUUUGAAGUCGAGUUUAAAGAUGAAAAUAUCGGCACCAAGGCGCUUCUUCUGGCCACCGUAUUUUUCAUAGAUGCUCUUUAUCAUGAACGAUAUGGAUGGAACCCGACUUGGAUUAGGAACUGUCCUUAAAUAGUACGUUUUCUAAAUUCUAUAUGUGUACACAUCUAUAAAUUUCCCAU